AUGGCCGACGAAAAGAAGAAUAUUGCUCCCAAAAAGAAGGGUUCCGAAUCCGAGCAUAUCAAUUUGAAGGUACUGGGACAGGACAACGCGGUGGUGCAGUUUAAGAUAAAAAAGCAUACACCGCUGCGCAAGCUGAUGAAUGCAUAUUGCGAUCGUGCAGGUUUGUCGAUGCAAGUGGUCCGCUUCCGGUUCGACGGACAAGCCAUUAACGAAAACGAUACGCCGACCACUCUCGACAUGGAGGAAGGCGACACCAUCGAGGUGUACCAGCAACAGACCGGCGGUGCUACCGCUUAA